CUCCUCCGCGCGCUGAGCCGCCAGCGGGACCCGGCACAGGGAGGUGGCGCGACAGAAAGGACCGAGGAGACGAGAGAAAGGGGAGAGGAGAGGAGAGGUUGAGCGGGAAGCCGUACUCUCCGCUCGCAUCGGGACAUCUGGGAGUUGGGAUGAAAGGCAGCCCGUGUUUCUCUCAGCUGGAGCAGCGUUCGGUUUCGUCUCCGUCACGGAGGAGCCGGGAUUCGUCUUCUCUCUGUCUUUGGCACUUUGGGCUCCUUGUCGUUCUCCUGGCUCCGCGUGACCCUCCCCUCUUCCCCUGACUCCAGCACCCCCCCAAUCGCUAAUCCUGGACUGACACCGGCACGCUUACUGCUACCGCUGACGUGCAUCCCGAGCUGGGACUUGUUCGCCACCGGGCCCCUGACACACACGCACGCACAAACACACACACACACACACACACACACACACACACACGCACAGAGGCACAUAUACACAAACACUCAGACACACACGGACACACAGUCACCCCUCCCGUGCUCUCGGCUGUGGCCCCCCACCAAGUUCUCUCUCGGAAACGCCGGCGUGGAGUGGAGAGCCACGAUGAAGGGCUGACUCCCAGGGAACAGACCCCACACCCUCCCGGGUCUCCGUGCCCCACAGGAGCGGACCCAGCCGUCUUUGAUUCCAUUUCUUCUGUAGCGAUUACAAUGGAGCUGUAACGGAAACCAUGUUUGGACUGAAGGCCCCGCUGUACUACCUGCCAGGCAUGAGCCAUGAGCCAAAGUCGCCUUCUCUAGGAAUGAUCUCCACGGCCACCAGGACCACUGCCACAGUCAGCCCUCUGACCCCCUCACCCCUGAAUGGCUCCGUUGUGCCCAAUGGCAGCCCGGCCACCCAGUCCACCCACUCGGGAUUCGCUGCUGCGCUGCGCAAACUUGCCAAGCAGGCUGAGGAGCCCCGAGCAGGGUCUUCCAUCAGCAGUGAAUCCUCCCCGGUCUCAUCCCCCGCCACCAAUCACAGUUCUCCUGUAAGCACACCUAAGCGCGGGCCUAUGGGCCCCAUAAUAGUGCCAGCCGGGGGCCACACUGUGCCAAGCACUCCACCCGUUGUCACCAUCGCCCCUACCAAGACUGUCAACGGGCUGUGGAGGAGCGAGAGCCGCCAGGCUGAAUCCGGCCCUCGGGGGGCCAGCCGGGACCGUCUGGGCACCGAGCCCACCGUACACCAGGAGAAGGGGGGGCCCUCAAUCCCCGCUCACCUCAUCGGGAACCCUUACGCCUUUGGCCUGACACCCAGCUCUGUCGUACAGGACACCCGCUUCCAGCCGCUCAACUUGCCACAACAAUUGCCCCAUGUGCCCGCCCCCACUGGUGUCCCAGAGGAGUACCUUCGUAGCUUUAGACCCUAUGCAACAGCAGAGGACCUGCGCAUGCCUUCACUCCCCCUGGGCCUGGAUCCUGCAACCGCAGCCGCUGCUGCAGCCUACUACCACCCCGGGUACUUGCCCCACCCAUCUUUCUCUGCCUACAGGAUGGACGACUCCUUUUGCCUGUCCUCGCUGAGGUCGCCUUUCUACCCACUGACAGCUGGAUCCCUGCCCCCCCUGCACCCCUCUGCCAUGCACAUGCACCUGCCUGGCAUGCGCUACCCAGGGGACCUCUCAGCCCUCCAGUCCGAGCGCCUGUCAGAGAGGCUGCAGAUGGAGGAUGAGCUACGCCAGCGGGAAAGGGAGCGCGAAAGGGAGCGAGAGAAGGAGAGGGAACGCGAGGCCGAGCGGGAGCGAGAACGCGAGCGGGAACGGGAGAAGGAGCUGGAGCGUGAGAGGGAAAGAGAGAGGGAGCGUGAGAAGGAACGGGAGAGAGAGCGUGAACGGGAGAGAGAGCGAGAGGCAGAAAGGCUAAAGGAGCGAGCACGGGAGAAGGAGCUGCAGGCCUCCAAGGUCAUUGAGAGCCACUACCUGGCAGAGCUACACGCUGCCCGGGGAGCUGUGGAUGACAGAGCCAAACCUGGGGAGAGGCUGACUCCCAGCAGGCCGGACAAGACCAAAGAAGCAUCUCUGCCUGCCCCCAAACCGGUCCAGCCAGCGCUCCACCCAGCUUUGGCUGCUGCCCACCAUGCAGUGCCUGGCCUCCUGUCUGCCCACAGUGCUUACCUGGGGCCAGGUGGGGUACCCCCAGGGGCCCUGGCUGCAGCCAUGAUGCUUCAGCGAGCCAAUGAGGAGGAGCGCUGGCUUGCCCGGCAGCGGAAGCUGCGGCAAGAGAAAGAGGACCGGCAGUACCAAGUGUCUGAAUUUCGGCAGCAACUUCUGGAGCAGCACAUGGACCUAGGUCGGCCCGCGGAGGGGACAGACCUGCGGGCAGAGGGACAGCGGCCCCUCCCAAACCACCACGAGUCAGGCAGCAGAGACAUUCUCCCCCACCUGGGGGCGCCUCCGCCCCUCAUUUCACCCAAACCACAGCAGAGAGAUCAUGCCCAGCCUCCACCUCCACCUCCACCCACUACCCUGUGGAACCCCGUUUCCCUGAUUGACACAGCCUCUGACUCUCGACGCAGUCAAGAGGCCCUCCCCUCCAGUGGCUACGACCCCAGCCGGACAGCCCCAGCUCUAAGCAAACCAGAGAGGCACCUAGGCCCUGACAAGCUGGAGGAUGGGGUCAAGAGGAAAGAGGCCUCAGAGAAGUGCUCCACCAUGAGGCCACCUGGGCUCCUGGAGCCCGGUGCCUAUUUGGCAGAGCUGGAGAAAUCGGCACACAACUUCCUGAGCCAACAGAGGGCAUCUUUGUCCCUGCCGAACCAGUACAGUGACCUUGGUGGUGUGCAUAAGGCCAGUGCCCCUUACAGGGGCCUUCUGGGACCCAUCCGGCCAGGGCCUGACCCAAUGAUAGUGUACGAUGAGUUCUUGCAGCAGCAUCGCCGGCUGGUCAGCAAGUUGGACGUGGAGGAGAGGAGGAGGAGGGAGGCCAGGGAGAAAGGCUACUACUACGACCUGGACGACUCGUAUGAUGAAAGCGACGAGGAGGAAGUGCGAGCACACCUGCGCCGGGUGGCGGAUCAGCCUCCCCUCAAACUGGAUGACUCCUCUGAGAAACUGGAGUUCCUGCGCUUGUUCAACCUGACCACACAUGCCCAUCGGGAGGAGCUGCUGCAGCAGAAAAGGAGGAAAAGGCGAAGGAUGCUGCGGGAACGGAGCCCCUCCCCCACCGUCAUGCAGAGCAAGCGGCAGACUCCACCUCCGGCCCGAUCCCCCCUCACUACUCGCUUCACACCUGAGCAGAUGAACAGCUCCCCUGAGCUGGAGGACAAGAAGAAGUUCCUCACCAUGUUCAGCCUGUCUCAUGUCAAUGUCCAGCAGAGGAAGGACAGUGAGAAGGUGGUGGAGCUGCUGCAGGCAAUAAAACAAAAGACUGUGACUCUGGACUCCAUCCGACAUGCACCGCAGCCCCUCUGCAAGAGCCCCUCCACCCUACACUCCGGCCCCAGCGUAGACCAGCCUCCUGUCAACUCUGACAAGCAGCUUGGCACGAGACCCCGUAGCCCAUCACCUGCUGAUAUCCAGAGGCCUGUUGAGGCCAGCAGCCAUACAGAACAGCGGAGGGUUACUGCAGAUGUGUCGGGGCCAAAGGUCCCUCCCCUGGCCUCUUUCCCUGACAGGCCCAGGCAGAGCGAGGGCCAGCCCAGCAAGAAGAACUCCAGCCUCUUGCACAGCAUGUGGCCUUCGCUUCACCAGAAGGAUGCCUCCCACAGCCUCAACGGAAAGACCAAACCUUGGGAGAGCUUCACAGCUGAGGAGUUUGCCCAACAGUUCCACGAAUCUGUGCUGCAGUCCACCCAAAAGGCACUACAGAAGCACAAAGGUGGAGCCUCCCUUCUUGCCGAGCCCAACCACAAGCUGGAUGCCUCCGUGCACUAUAACAUCCCAGAGCUGCAGAGACCCCCUAGCCGAGGAGGUCACUCUCAGCCCAAUGGGCAGCACUGCCCCCUUCCUCCACCCCGAGAGACACCCGGAGCUCUGGAUGAGCAGUCUGAGGAGGAGGACUCUGGGGAUGAAGAAAUGGAUGAUGAUGAGAUGCAGACCCCACGGUGGCAGGGCAUCGAAGCCAUCUAUGAAGCCUACCAGGAGUACAUGGAUGAGCAAAACAUUGAGCGGCAAGUGCUUCAGAGCCAGUGCAGGAAGCUGGAGGCCCAUCACUACAACCUGAGCCUGACCGCCGAGCAGCUCUCCCACAGCAUGGGGGAGCUCAUGGCCCAGAAGCAGAAGCUGGCGUCCGAGAGGGAGAAGCUCCAGGCCGAGCUGGAUUAUUUCCGAAAGUGCCUGACGCUGCCACUGGCGCAGGGUUCCAGGGGGUACUUCAAGGGCUAUCCACCAAGGUGACACCCCCCUCCUCCCCAAGUCCUGCACUGCCCGUGACCCCUGCCCCCGCCACCGCGUUCCUGACAUAGCUGAAGUCCAUUUGUCGUCCGGGGUUGUUCAGAGGGAGGAAGAGCAGAGCGUUCACCCGUGCAAAGGACAGAAGGGUCAGUUGGCCGUGGAUGUGCCAUGUGUGAAGGGGUUGGGGGCCGUGUUUGGUCUGGUAUCCCAAUGGGACAAGACGGUGAGCACUUGCUCCGAACUCUGUAUCCCCUGGCACUAACCACCCCCGACCCCCCCACUCCCCAAAUGCUAACAGAGCAAGUGGGUCUGGAAAGGAGGAGGACCCUAACCUGUCAGGGACUGCCGUGGUGUGACCACGUUCUGACUUGCUGCCGGCAUGAGACACUGGCGACCAAGUGCUCCGGCUCCCUGCUCUCUGGGUCCGAAGGCCUUUGAAAUGCACUUAAAGCAACCUAAUGAACUACCUUGUGGUACAGCUGUCAUGAGGACCUUCCGUUUUCCACAGAUGAGGGAAGGACUUACCAAUGCACAUUUUGGAAAGAUUAAAGGAAAUGUUUUAUUACAAAAUUUUCUGAAUAAAUUUAAAGAGGUGUUUCAGCCUUGUAAAUAAUAUAAAAGAAUUUUUGUAUGUUUUUAUUACUUUAAUCAUUGUUCUUAAAAGCCUGCCAUUUUUAAUAUGUUAAUGCUUUGGGCUAAAAAAAAAAAAAAAUCUUGCUUUAGUGUUUACUGCUGCUGGUCAGGAUAAAACAAUAUUGAAAUGUUUUAAGAGAAGACAGAGGCGCAUGCAUUCCCCCUUCACUCCGUGCUGUGAACAUGCAGUCAUAGGACAGCGUCCUCCCCAUCACCCUGGAAUCCAGUACCAGUAAGUGUCGUCAGCAGCCCCAUGGAGAUGAAUGCCAACUCUGGAACAGUGUCAGUAACAGGUAAUUAAAAUGGCUUUUCUCCCCGGUCACAGCUCACCUAAUAUGAGCGUCGUCUUUGGUGGCUUCCUGUUGCCCAAGCGACCAUUCCGGUCUCAUUUUUAGCCUUGUUUUGAAACUGUUCACCACACAGGUGCUCUCGUGAAAAUGUUGACUUUGCGCUCUCUUAAAUAUGUUGACUUGUUGGCGUAUCUGUAAUUCCACAACCCAGUGUGACCAUUCUGUCCCUGUGUGUAAGAGAAAGCCACUGCAGCAACCUCCACAGCUCCCCUCUGGCCCCUGGAGGACAAGCUGAUGUUAGGGACUGAGUCUUGCACUCCGUUCAUCUCUGCUUGUCCUUUUCACCAGGGCGACAGUGAUAAUCUUCUGCGGGGUCGUGAGGGGUACGGACACAAACAUUACGUGCGCACACUCUGCAAUGCUAAAACAGACGCACAUCGUGGUACAGCUUUGGACCGCAUUAUACCAUGUGUUGUCAUUUCACAUGUGCCAAAGCCAUUGAGAGGCUGCAGCCAACCUAAAGAACAAAUAGUUUAACAUUUUAUAAAACAAAGUGGACACUGGAGCAAAGAACGAAGGUGCCUUCACAUUUUCCAUAUGAAGUAAAAGGCCAUAUUUAUCAUUUGAAGUGUAUCAGUAUAGAAACACAUGUUGGAAUGAACCUGGAUUCAGUUUCAAAUUACCUUCCAUUGUUGCUUGGUGUAGAAUCCCUCCUGGCCACAUUUAAUAUUUUUGAAGUUUUUGGAAAAUAAAGCUUUCAACCUUUUCUAUUUCCAUUGUAAAGGGGAAUGCAACACAAACUCUUCCACAAGGUAACUUGUGUACCAUCACCGUGUCACCACUGCUCCACUGUGCCUAGUGUGCACACACUUCAUGCACACAUUCUCAUAAGGCCACAUGGUAUAUGUUGAACCCCAGUGUGGUAAAGGCUGCUUGGUAUGAGGUCCUCUGGAAGACAGCAGCAUUUACAGGGGACUCUCAGCAAACAUUUUCACCGUAGUUUCCGAACCACGGGAAGAAUCUGAUACAGGGAGGCGGAGAGCAAAGUUUUGAGACUGCUGAAGCAGCACUGGUCCACAGCAGCUGUUCACUUAAAAGCUUGUAGCAGUAGCCCUGCCGCACCCUCUCCCUGCACCAGCUGAUGUAGAAGAGAAAGGCACACAACCUCCCCCUUCACACUUAUUCAAUGGAGGAUGUUUACAUGCUGUGAAAUCAUGUUUUUCCAUUGUACUUGUUUGAAUUAAUUGUAAUGUAAUAUAUUUGUUGAAUGUAGUAAUUAGGUAUUUAUGAAUAUAUUGCUGUAAUUUCAGACAAAGGAAAUAAAUUACAAAUGUACAUACAA